AUGAUGCAACGAAGAACUCCCUCAUCCAAUACAACAACGACUACAACUGCUUCUAAACCCCUCUCACAGAGAUCAUCUUCUACAACCCGAAUCACAUCUGGAGGAGGCCUUUCUUCAAGACAACCCUCAUCAACGCCGAGUAGUCAGAACACUCCGCUCAAUACAAGAGGAACAAGGCUAACUUCAGCCUCAUCAUCAACGAGUAGUGGCAGCACAACAGCAAGGAGAGCUAAUUCAACCAAUGCAAGAGGAACUACGACAACGAAAUCAUCAGGAAGCAAUGCAACGAAUGGUAUUCCAAUGGAGUCAAAACCUAAAAAACUCUCCCAAGAACGAUAUGAUAAACAUAAAACAGCAAAUCCAUUCACUGCCAAGAAUAAAUUCAAAACAACUUUCGGAGGAGUUUACGAAGCUGGUGGAAUACCUUGUAGAAUACAUCACACUGCUGCACAUAUGCAUUUGAGCUGGGAAAAACCACUUCCUGACAUACCUUAUGAUCCUCUCAUUCUCACUGUGUCUGAUGGUUUGAGAGAAACUGAUCACCCUUAUAUUUUCAUUGUACAAAAGGCAUUUGAAGAGAUGUGUAAAGCUGAGGAAGCUGCAGAAAAGAUUAUUCCACUAUUGAGACAAAUAACAUCCUUCAUCAGAAUGGCACUGCAGAGUAAGGAGAAUGUGAUAUUUGAAAAUGCAUUGUCUGCUGUUCAACAUUUGACUGCCUGUGUUGGAGAUGCCAUCAUUCCACACUUACCUCUUGUGCUUGUACAGAUCAGUAAGAAGACAUUUGAUAAGAAAUAUGCAAAUAAGAUCAUGGAUAUACUGCAAAAUAUUGAGCAAUCAUGCGAAAACUCUGCAGAAGUUGUCAAAUUAAUUAAGGCAAAAGUGCCAACCUAUGUAAAUAUUCGCUAG